GGAUGGCAGCUGUUCACUUUGCUUUGUCAGUACUUUCUGUUUGUGUGGUUUUGACUUUCGGGUUUGGCAAUGAGAUUUUCUCAGAAGAGUACAAAAUAGAAGAGGACAUGCAUGGGAGAGAACUGGUGGUUGCAAGCCGUGGACGGAUCCGUAAAACAAUCGACUUAAAUGAUCAGAGUAUCGUAGCUAAAACGAUGUGUAAAGAUAAUACUAUAAAGGUUUCCUUGGCAUCAGACAUGCAUGAAGAUGAGUGGAAAAUAGGCGACCUUGUUGUAGGAAGUUCUGCCUUGGGCUGUCGUUUGUCCUUCACAAACUCAGAUGAAGGAGUGUUUGGAAAAAUUACUUAUUUAAAGACCCAACGAAAGGGUCUUUUAUAUAUAACUGUAGAAAAUGCUAGUCCUCUUGAUGUACUAGAAGAGGCCAAUAUAUCACUUCAUGUAAAACAUCGAAGAACAAAACGCAGCAACACGAAUUUUCUCUCAAACAUCUUGGAUAGCAUUAAUUGGGAAGAAACGUCAAACACGACCGUGUUGUUCAACAAAGACAAAAAACCUUUCUCUAUCCUAAAGAUGACGAACAACCCAACAUCAGAUGUAGGAAUACUUGAUUCCAUUAAUACAAGUCCGAACGCAGAGACGCAUUUUAACUUCACAUGUACUUCUUGCUUUGGAAAAGUUGAGUUAGCUUAUCAUCUGGAAAUGAGAAUAAAGAGAGACGUCGAUACAAACAAACCAAUUGUGAAAUCCUACCUCUCUCAAGUGGAAGGCGAGACCACAAACAACUAUCAGUUUUCGAUCCAAUCACACAAAGAACUGACUCUUCUAGUUGACGAGAAAGUGAUGGAAACGGAUCCUUUGUUUCUUCAUCCAAUCACGUUAGCGACAUUCAAACGAUUUCCACCUUUACAACUUACAAUCCGUGUCCAAUCGAGCACGUACUUAACUGCCAGCAUCAUUACACAUUCUUCUAAAGAGUUUAAGUUUGGGGAUACUUUCCAAACGUCAGGGAAGUUUGUUGUGUCUAAUCAGCAUAGUCAACAUAAUGGAUUACCAACAAAUCAUAUUUCUACAUAUGAUUGGCAGACAAACCACGUUCAAAACGAUGCCGUUGAGUCCAAUGAUUUGUUUUCAAUGAGUUUCAACAUUUCCCAACAGAUUAGUUUAAAACCUUUCAUUGAAUGGGUAGAACGAGACAUUAGACUUGAUUUUGGAUCACCCUUUACAAUAAGGUUACAGCAAGAACUUAAUUUAAAGUCAACAGUUUCUGAUGUUUCACUGUGUUCCAACGUAGAGUCUCGUUUAACGAGCGCUUUCUCGUCAGAGAGAAAUUCAUUAGUUGUUGAUGCUUUUGGAAUUCCUAUAUGGGGUGAUGUAUCGACACUGACUAUGUCUCAGAUUUCGAGUGCAGCAUUGGAUCAACAAACUUUAUCCAGAAAAUGUCAAGCCAACUGUUUUGAAUCUCAGUCCCUUUCAACAUCAAUUGAUGCAUGCGGUGCGCCAGGUAGUCUUGUGCUUCGAAAUUCGUCGACAUUUUCUUCUUUGCGGAAGUUAUUUGGAGACACCAUCAUAUUUCUGUCGGAAGAAGCAAGUGAAUCUUCGUGGUGUGGUCAUCCUGGAAAUCCAUGCUUGGACUGUUCAAAUUACAUUCAAGAUGACAAUGUUUGCUCCGACAGAUAUGUUACCCCAGAAUUAGCAGAAGUGUUAACUAAAUUAGCAAAAUUUGUUGAAGCGGAAUGGCCAGAUCGAAAGCUUUUGAUUUUGGAAGCAUGGGAUGAAGCUACAUCAGCACAUCCACUUGGUAGUCAUGGUAACCAGUCCUUGUUUUACACCGGAAGAGCAGCAAGAGUUGCAUUGAGUAGAAACUUAACAUCAAAAGAACCAGAGACUGACCAAAAUAUAUUCCAGAGGUUUACCCAAUUACUGCAAUGCUCUGAUGCUGAUUUCUUUGACACAUACAUGAGAAAUUCCGUUCUGGACAUUUGUGUUUCUGAUGAAUCGGCCGCUUUUUUCACGAACACCGAAAACAAUAGAAAGAAAAGAGCUAUUAAAUCAAACAACAUUGUAAAAACAAAUACUUGGAGACAAGAGAAAGAUAAAUAUGAUGAACAAAUUUCUGGUUUAGUAAGUGUUACGUCAAGUGGAUCUACCCUAAAAGACUAUUUUGGAGGAGGAAAGUAUUAUCCAUCAGGAAAAACUGCGAUAGAUGUUUGUGGAGAAGCUGAAGAUACAUAUAGUAUUGAAAAUCUGGAUAAAAUGCAAAGACAAAUUCAGUAUCCACUGGAAAAUGUUGCAUUCGAGGCCGAAGGAUCUAAGACCUCCUCAUGUGGAGCAUCAACGAGAGGCUGUAAUCAAUGUACUCGUUACGUGGAUGUAGACAAUCCAUGGGACUGGUGCCUAACAAGGACUAUGACCACAAGGGCUGCAACAAGACUUCAUCGCUUAGCCAGACUUGUAGAAGAGGAAACAAAGUCAGGCGGUUCAAGUUUAAGUUUAGCGGAUGAAGAGUUAGGAAUUUGUCGAUCAGCUAUGGUGAUGUACAAAACCCUUGAGACGUGUAAAGAAAAAAUGCCGAGCUCUACUACUAAUAAAGAAUCAAAGUGUUACGAUUGCAUAAUGGACGCCCGUUGCUGUUACGGAAACGAUAAUAUUGGCUGCAUAAGAAAUGCAUGCUCCGGAGAUGAGAGUUCUAGUGUGUGGACAUCAAUAGCUUGUUCAGAACUUAAUCCUUUUUUAAGUGAUGUUACCAUACCAACAACGCCAGCAUGUAACGAUGGUGAUAGUUCCAAGAUGAUCCUGUAUGGAAAUGUAUGCGGAGGCGAUCCUUGCCAAUUUUUUACUGGAAAAGAGUAUCACCUUUUGUUAAAAGUGGUUCUAAUAUUCGAAGUCUGUUCUGGCAAAUGGGAUCAGACAAAAAUCGACCAAGACAUUCGGAAUCUGAAUACCGGAGAAAGUAAUUUGAUGACUUUUUUGUCUUCUUGCAUGAGUAGCGACAACACAAUUCUAAAACUUCACUACCCUGUUCCAAAUGACCCAACAAUCGGAAUAGGCUUUAGCCUUCGUUCAUCGGAAAAGAAAGAUUUGCUGUUGAAAAUUUUACCAAACCUAGACUAUGACCUCAUAAUGGAAGGCAAGCAAUCCUUAACAAAAGAACAAGCACUUUAUUUGUAUGAUAAAACUAUGAGGCGAUACUACAUAAAGACUAUGAACAGUAUUGUCCCAUUUAAAUCAUUUAUUCACUUGGACACUGCUACAAAAAUUGCAUUAGUCAAUGCAAACUAUAGAGGAGAGUUUCCAUCGAAUCUUAGAAAAAGAUUUAACGCCGCUGUACAGGGUGGUCAGUGGGCUAAUGCUGCUAAUAUUUAUCUAAGUCAUCCAGAUUACAAGAGAAACAAAUGUGAUACCACUGGCCAUGGGAGUAUUUGUACUAGAAUGACAUGGAAUGCGGAGCAGUUUAAUAAACUUGCCAAAAAACAAGUGAAGGUUUUAAAAAGAGAAAGCUCUUCGGCUCUUCAAAAUGUUGGAAGAUCGCUCAAAUUAGCUCUAAAUCCUGGAGUGUCUCUGAGCACAACUACAGUUGCUAAUCUAGCUGUCAUCGCAGGAUUUGAUCACGUGACUAAGGCAUCGGAUCACAUUGUGGCAAGUGUUCGACCAGCUACAGGUGUAAAUAGCGUUUUAGUAAACUAUCCAAAUGUGAAUAUGCACGAAACCGAACCCCCUGUCGAUGACAUGGUUGAGUAUGAAAUUCCAGCAGAGGCAGACUAUAGCCUGACUUAUCCUUUACUUCUGGAUGGAUUUAAUGACUCUAUAAGACUUUCGGACUGUUACAAAAUAGCUCAUUUAAAAUCUAAUAAAUUUAGAUAUUUUAGAUUCGAUCCAACACUUUUAGAAUGUAUGGAGGAAGCAAGUAGUCACUACACUGAGUGUAUUGCAGUGGAAAGCGGUUCUGGAUAUCGAGUCAGAUCUGAAAACAAUAGGAACAUUGAUAGUAGGCAUUCUGAGGAGAAAUGGCGUUUUUCAGUUGGUCAGGCUGUGGAAAUUGGUAAAGGCAAAACUCUAGAAGAACUAAAGCUUCUCGGAUUAACAGUUAUAAGAUCAUGCGUUCAGAAUUUGAUCCGCAAGAGGUUGAUACUUGGAAUUGGUGCGCACAAAGAUAAACUUUAUGUGGACAUACGGGAAUCUUCACCAGCAGCGGAGUUUGUUAAAGUUUGGGAGGAUGGAUCAUCUGACUUGUACAUGUAUCUUAAAGACAUAGAAAACGACUUCAAAAAUGGAGGUGCUUUUAUUGAACCAACAAACAAAACACGUGCAUGUCAACCUUCACCCCUUGGAAAGAACGCAUACUACAUCAAAUAUUCUAAUGAAGGAUCAUGUAGUGCAGAUACAGGGUUUUCUUCACUGUGUUCAUCAACAAAAUCUGAGAGACAAAAAGCUGCCGCAGAUCUACUGAAACGUCUAGAUGAAGUGAUAGGAAACGGACCAUUAGAUAAAGCAUCACUUAGAGAAAAAGUCAACAAUUGUUUAGUGAAUCUGUGCGGAGGAUGCAUUGGCAAAGGAAAAAUCUGGAGGGAUAAGACGAUAGCGUGUUUUGACUUCGUUACCUACUUUUUGGAUGGGUCUUCUGUACCAUUCCCAAAUUUAAGAAAUUCUGGAGCAUUCUUCAAUACAGAGAAUACUAAAUCUGAAGUUCAUUCGUUGGCUUGUCAUGAUGGAAGUGCCUGCAUUGAAAAUGUUCAGCUUCAUUCUUUACUUCAAGAAACAUUGACGACCAAGUACAAACCAGACUCAUCCCAAACUAACGAAGAACUAGUUUACGAUCCAAUGGACAAUCCCUCCCCAUUGCUCAAUAUUUUAGAACAAGAAAUGGCCAUACGUGUAUCUGGGAACGUUUCAGUUUAUAUUGAAAACAAUGGAGAUAUCUCAAGGUUGAAUCAAAUAUUAAAGAUUCUUAUGGUCUUCAACACAAAGGUCACCAAUGUUCAUUAUCAUUUGACAAAUUCUGUGAGGAAAAACCAAGUUGUGGGUGCUGUUCAACGUAAAAUAGAAAGAUGGGCGACGUCGACGUGUCCGGACAUCUCCCGUGUAACGGUCGCUCCUUUCACGGUCUCUGAAAUAUCUCACGAAAGACACAAACGAAGUAUAGAUAACAGCCAAGACAGGAAUUUCGCAAAGCAACUAAGAAACAAUUGGGAGUUGGAGUGGCUUUCAAAAACUUAAUUAUAUUAUCCAAUACCAAAUUAAAGAUAUUUGUAUUAGAGUUUAUCUUUGGGGAUUUGCUGAGCAAUUUAGGGGUAGUGUGAAAAUUAUUUUAUUAAACUCUGUUUAUUAUGUUUUAAAUGGAACGUUUAAAUUGUUUUUAUAGUCCCACAGGGGAAAAAAAUUAAUCUUCUUUUUUUUUUAAACAAUUAUAAUCUAGCUUUAUAAGUCAAAAUGUCAUCUUUAGUACAACUAGUCCUAAGUGCAAACCCCUAACAAAUCAUAAUUUCGCAUUCGAUUUCAGUACUUCAUUAGAUCUGGUUUACAUCAUUCUUAUAUCUACUUCUAACAAUUUUUACGUUAUAAAAACUUAUUGUUACAUCAAUCAAUUUCUGUGAUAGUGACUAUAUCUUUUAAUAUUUAAAAAGAAUCUCAAUGCAAUAUUUUUUUUUUAUUUCAUCGAAUAGUUUGUGUAUAUACUUGACAACAUGAAUUUAUUACGUUUCUUUCGAGUUGCGGACACUGUGAAACUAAUGAAAUUACUCGAUUUCCCACGGAUUUGUGAAUAUUUCAAUCAAAGUUUUCUUUAAAGCUCAUAAUAUUUAUUCGUUUGGAUUUUUUUUUAAAAUUCUACAUAACGAAAACAAAGUGUGAUUACUGAUAAAUUGUUGAAGUGUUGACUAUUUAAUUUGAAUACUUACUUAAAUUUUAUUAUGUUCAAAUACAUUAAAACAAUUAUCAGUGCACUACAGUAUGAUUAUUUUUUGCAUGUAACUCAGAAUGUUUUUAAUCUAUUUACACGUGUAUGUACUGCUGACAAUAGCUAGUACUGUUUUGAAAAAACACUUUUCCAUUGAUGUGGAGGACCCUUAGGGGUGUCUUGCAUCUAAAAAUUUUUUUAGUUUUACAUAGUGUAAAGUAUGUAGAAAAUAGGCGACUAUACGUGUUACCAAAUUCUGAAAUUUAAAAAAGUGGAAAAGAAAUCAAAGAGCAUCAAUGUAAGUGGAUAUUGUAAAAUUGUCAAUUUCAAGAGCAGGAAGAUAAGAAAAAAUUGUUUUGUCAAUCAAAUAAAUAGUCAAAUACUUGUA